AGGCCCCGCCCGCCCUGAGCGGCCGCAGGGCGGGUUCGCGGGGGGAGGAGCCGGCCCGCUCCCCGCGAACACAUCGGGGCUGGGACACAGCCUCUCACCAGCGGCACCUGAAGCCCCGGUGCCUUCGCUUUUCACCCGGUAGGGAGGGGGGCCGGGGAGAGCCUCCCCCGCCGUUGGAACCGCGGUCAUGGACGAGCAGAGCGUGGAGAGCAUUGCCGAAGUAUUCCGAUGUUUUAUUUGUAUGGAGAAGUUGCGUGAUGCACGCCUGUGUCCUCAUUGCUCCAAGCUGUGCUGUUUCAGUUGUAUUCGGCGUUGGCUCACUGAACAAAGAGCUCAGUGCCCUCAUUGUAGAGCCCCGCUGCAGCUACGAGAGCUCGUCAACUGUCGUUGGGCAGAAGAGGUCACACAACAGCUUGAUACGCUUCAACUGUGCAAUCUCACAAAGCACGAAGAAAAUGAAAAAGACAAGUGUGAAAAUCAUCAUGAAAAGCUUAGUGUUUUCUGCUGGACCUGUAAGAAGUGUAUCUGCCACCAGUGUGCGCUUUGGGGAGGAAUGCAUGGAGGACACACUUUUAAGCCACUGGCAGAAAUCUAUGAGCAGCAUGUCACAAAAGUAAAUGAAGAAGUGGCAAAGCUUAGGAGGAGGCUCAUGGAAUUGAUCAGUUUGGUGCAAGAAGUGGAGAGGAAUGUGGAGGCCGUGCGGAGCGCGAAGGAUGAACGAGUUCGGGAAAUCAGGAAUGCAGUGGAGAUGAUGAUUGCCCGGUUAGACACUCAGCUGAAGAAUAAGCUUAUAACAUUAAUGGGUCAGAAGACAUCGCUUACCCAAGAAACGGAACUUCUGGAAUCCCUGCUUCAAGAAGUGGAACAUCAGUUACGAUCAUGCAGUAAGAGUGAACUGAUAUCCAAAAGUUCAGAGAUCCUAAUGAUGUUCCAGCAGGUGCAUCGGAAGCCUAUGGCCUCAUUUGUCACUACUCCUGUCCCCCCAGACUUCACAAGUGAAUUGGUUCCAGCCUAUGACUCAACUACAUUUGUCUUGGAAAACUUCAGCACGCUGCGGCAGCGAGCAGAUCCUGUUUACAGUCCACCUCUUCAAGUGUCAGGACUCUGCUGGAGAUUAAAAGUUUAUCCAGACGGAAAUGGAGUAGUACGGGGCUACUACCUCUCUGUGUUCUUGGAGCUCUCAGCUGGGUUGCCAGAGACAUCCAAGUAUGAGUACCGUGUGGAAAUGGUUCACCAGUCCACCAACGAUCCCACUAAAAACAUAAUUCGGGAGUUUGCCUCCGAUUUUGAAGUUGGUGAGUGCUGGGGUUACAACAGAUUCUUCCGUUUGGACUUGCUGGCCAAUGAAGGCUACUUAAACCGGCAAAACGACACCGUGAUCCUGAGGUUCCAAGUGCGCUCACCGACCUUUUUCCAGAAGUGUCGAGAUCAACACUGGUACAUUGCUCAACUGGAAGCAGCUCAGACAAGUUACAUCCAACAAAUAAAUAACCUUAAAGAAAGGCUUGCGAUUGAACUUUCCCGGACUCAGAAAUCACGAGGCAUUUCACCUCCAGACACUCAUCUUAGUCCCCAGAAUGACGAUGGUCCAGAAACAAGAUCAAAGAAAUCUGGACAAAGCACUGAAGCAUUGCUUGAGAAUGUUGCUGCUCCAGGGUUGGUACGAGAUAACAAGGAAGAGGAUGAAGAGAAGCAUGAAGACUUUAACCACGAGCUCUCUGAUGGUGACUUGGAUAUAGAUCUUGCUGGAGAAGACGAGGUGAACCACCUGGAUGGGAGCAGCUCUUCAGCUAGUUCAACAGCAACUAGUAACACUGAAGAAAAUGAUAUCGAUGAAGAAACUAUGUCUGGAGAAAAUGACGUGGAAUACAGCAGCAAUAUGGAGUUGGAAGAAGGAGAUCUCAUGGAGGAUGCCGCAGCCGCCGCUACUCCUGGAGCCUCAGGUACCAGUGGCCACGGCUACACCAGCGUGAGUGGACGACCUUCAAGGCGGGGAGGAAGCGCUCUGGGCUCAACAGCCAGUAGCAGUUUACUAGAUAUAGAUCCCUUGAUUUUAAUCCACUUGUUGGAUCUGAAGGACAGAAAUGGUAUGGAAAACCUCUGGGGCCUUCAGCCACGUCCGCCUGCCUCUCUUCUGCAGAACAGAGCAUCAUCUUAUUCUCUAAAAGAGCGAGAGCAGCGGAGACACCAGGCGAUGUGGCGCGUGCCACCCGACCUCAAGAUGCUGAAAAGACUUAAAACUCAGAUGGCCGAAGUUCGAAGCAAAAUGUCUGAUGUCAAAAACCAGCUGUCGGAAGUGAGAAGCAGCAACGCCGGCUCCUGUGAUGGGCAGCCCAGCUUCUUCUCCAUUGAGCAAGGUGCUUUAGCUGCCUGCGGAACAGAAAGCUGCAGCAAACUGCAAGAAAUAGGAAUGGAACUGCUGACAAAGUCUUCAGUGACCAGUUGUUACAUAAGGAAUUCUGCAAGUAAGAAAAAUUCACCCAAACCCGUUCGUUCUGGAGCAGCAGGGAGUCUGUCCUUACGAAGAGCUAUGGACUGUGGGGAGAGCAAUCUUCGUCUAAAGGGCGAUGGGCAAACCUCUGAAGGAGGCUUAGGGAGCUCGAAGCUGAGCGGUCGGCAUCACCCUCACCCUCCGCGGCCCCUGGCGAACGGCAACGCCCCCGAGGUGCUGCCGAAGCCGGAGGAAAGGCCUUGUGAAAGUUCAGAUUCCGAUGUGGGAGUUUCUGGCUUAAGUGGCUUAACUGCUGUGGAGAAGAGCAGGAAAGUUGUUGCUCUAGGGUCAAAUUCUAAAGGGUGUCGUGCAGAAGGGGCCCAGGCAGGUGGUCUGGAAAACAACUCGGGAGCUGCCGACCUGCAGGGGAUGCUUUCUGAAGGUGCUUCUGCAGGGCCAGAAGAAGCUGGGGUGUGUCAGAAGCAUGUCCUUCAUCUCCUCCCAGGAAUGAGCAGCGACAGUGACAUUGAAUGUGACACAGAAAACGAAGAGCAGGAGGAUGCUGCCUCUGCCGCAGAGGGGUUUAACCACGGCUUCUGCGUCCCGUCCUCGAGCGAAGCCUCCGAGCGGUGCUCAGCCUUCCCAGAGGGCGAUCAAGUCGGUUCUGAUGAUCUCAGCUUCGUUACUGGAGAAGACAGCACCAGAUAGAGAUUGGGCUCAGGGCCUGAAGACCUGCGGUGGUUCACUGGAGCUGCUGUUUGUGGCUGUGCGCACACCCGUCUGUCACCUCCUCUCCUGGGGUUCUGUUACAGUCGUCUUAAACCUGUUCCUGGGGCACAAUGACCUGUGAGGGCCUCACACUAAAGGCUGCAUUCCCGCUGGCUCUGCCGGCUGUGCUGAAACGGUGUCCACAAGGUGCUGUAGCGUCGUUCCAGGAUGUCUUACUGUGUCAUUGGAAUAACCCUGAACGUGUGAAUGUCCUUGUUUUAACCAGCUGUGUGAGGCUGCUGAGUCCUGCAGCUGCUGUGCGGUGAGAGUUGCGGUGAGGCAGCUGGUGCACAAGUUCUUUUCCUCAUUCCGUGGUGUGGACCAGCUGAACACGCUGCCAAACCCUUCACUCUUUUUGAGCUGCUAUAAACUACUUGUGAAGCUGAAUAACCGGUUAGCGACAAAGCAUGAGUAAUGGUAACCGAGAGCUGUCCUCGUCCCAGCGGCUGUGCUGACGUUCUUUCCGUGUGAAUGUGCUGCAGUGGAAGCGCUGUACAACUCAUAGUUUAAAACUGUUUGCACUUUGUUAAUAAAAUGGAUGUUGAAACCUGG